AUGUUCUCUAUCAAGCUUCUUAUUGUCCUCGUCGCCGUACUAUCUAUUGUUGAGGCGCAAUCCCGGUACAACAAUUAUAAGGACACCUACUACCGUAACCGUGCUUACCAAGGAUACUCAAAUCAAUAUGGAAAUGGUAACUAUCAAGCCUACCGUAGUCCGUAUCAGAACUACUACCGUAACUACUAUGCCCAGCCACCGCAGGUCUACGGAUAUGGUGAUAAGUACAUUGGAAAUGGAGUACACGUGGAUUCGCAUGGAAAUGGUUAUGUUGGAGCAAAGGACACCGGGCUAUACAUCUUCUGUGCGUCGAGAGGAUGUGUUGGAAGAGGAUAA